AUGGGCAUAAUAGCAAAACUCAUCUCUUAUCCCGACAAAAUCCUCUCCAUUUUCUUCCUCCGAAUUCUCCCCGAAUCCAUCCACCUAUCCAUCCUCGCCCUCUGCAUCCUCUACAAGCACUUCCAACUCUUCACCGCGCGCCGCGCCUACGCCGCCGCGGUGAAGAGCAGCCGGAAAAGGCUGCAUCCGCCGCCGGAUUCCGGCGAGUGCAGCGUCUGCCUCUCGGAAUUGGCGGCGGAGGGGGAGGAGUGCUGCGAGCUGGCCGCGUGCGGCCACGCGUUCCACCGCGGCUGCGUGGAGCGGUGGCUGAUCGCCCACGCGCCGACGUGCCCGCUGUGCCGCGCGGCGGCCGUGCCGGAGAAGGCGGCGGCGGAGUACCGGAGGGUGGCGGAGGAGGAGGAGGAUGAUUGGAUUGAGAAGGAGUUUGCCUUGGUGUUGUUGAAUGCUUUGGAUGUUGGGAGAUGUAAUCAUGGGAUUUUUAGUUGA